AGUGUUGAUACCCUCUUCGUUUACCCAUUUGCUUGGUUUCUUCGAGAUUAUCAGUUAGCCAAGCCAUUAUUUAUUUGUUGCAAGAAAUCCAUUCAAAAUGGCGGAAAUCACCAACGGCGCUUUCAAGCACGACAAUACCCCCGUCCCCAACGUCGACCGAGUGCUGCCCCUCUUUUCGCUCAAGGGAAGAACCGCAAUUGUCUCAGGCGCCGGUGCUGGCAUCGGUCUCGCCGUCGUAGAGGCCUUUGCAGAGGCCGGCGCCAACGUUGCGAUCUGGUAUAACAGCAACAAGCAGGCCGAAGAGUCGGCUGCAGCCAUUGCCAAGACGUACGGCGUCAAGUGCAAGGCAUACCAGGUAAACGUCACCUCGGCCGAGGCCGUCGACAAGGCCAUCGCGGACAUUGUCAAGGAGUUCAACGGCCGCCUCGACGUCUUUGUCGCCAACUCGGGCAUCCCAUGGACCAAGGGCGCCUUCAUUGACGGCCCUGCCGACAUGGCCCGCGAUGUCAUGUCCGUCAACGUGGACGGCGUCAUGUGGUGUGCAAAGAGCGCCGGCGCCCACUUCCGCCGCCAGAAGGAGGAGGGCACGACGAUUGACGGCAAGCCUCUGGAGAACUACACGACCGGAAGCUUUAUUGCGACGGCGUCGAUGAGCGGCAGCAUCGUCAACAUUCCGCAGCUGCAGGCUGUCUACAACGGCUCCAAGGCGGCCGUGAUCCACUUUUGCAAGAGUUUGGCCGUCGAGUGGGUUGGAUUUGCCCGGGCCAACACCGUAUCCCCCGGAUAUAUCCUGACCGAGAUCUCAUCCUUUGUGCCUACGGAGACAAAGAAGGUCUGGAAGGACAAGACUGUCAUGGGCCGCGAGGGUCACGCCGGAGAGCUCAAGGGCGCAUACCUGUACCUGGCGAGUGAUGCGAGCUCCUACACGACCGGUCUUGAUAUGAUUGUCGAUGGCGGCUACAGCCUGCCAUAAUGGGCUACAUACAUGGAUGGGAAUAAAAACAAUGGCGAGAGGAAAAUUUAAAAAACAAUGGGAACUAAUGGGCAUGGUUUGCGAUAGACAAUAGAAUUGUUGCGAAAGAUGGGCGUCUCUGUAUAAACUACAUAGUAUAUUACUGCGGCGAGAUAGUCUUGUUCAUAUCGAUAAAGACGCAGGCUUAGAGAAUUUACAUUAAAACAAAUGACAUCAACC